ACCUAAUCUGGUCAGGACUUGACUAUGAUGAAGGGGAACUGWAAACUCUGAAUGCAGAUCACCGAAGGAGCAGUUCAUGUUGACCACUGGCAGUAGUCUCUCAGUCAGCACAUCUGGUAAGGAAUGAGAACAAAUGAUUCUUCACUGGGAGACUAUGAUGUUUUAAAUAUAUGGUCUGGAAUGAGUGAAAAAAUCAAGAACACUGGAAAGGGCUAUAUCUGGCAUGUGUGUGAAGAUGCUUUAGAUGCAGGUCCCAAACUGUGUUUUGCUGCCUUCACAUUCAUCAGCCAUGCCCAGCAGGACCUUGUGGAAACUGAAACAGGCCUGGAUCCGCACAGUGCCCUGCUCUUUAGUUAAAGAUACCUGGAUGAAAAUGCAGGGCCAGGGAGUGGCCUAUGAUCCUUGUGGAGCUGAGGGAUCUGGCAUCCAAGCAUCCCAACCUGGUCCUUGUGAAGCUGGAUGUUGCAGAUCCCACAGCCAUUACCAAUGCGGUGAAGAUUGUGGAGGCGAAGCUGAGUGGCACAGGCCUGAAUCUGCUGAUAAACAAUGCUGGGAUUUAUGCCCCUGUGACACUGGACACGGUGGACUCUGAAGAGAUGAUAAGGGCAUACAAGACCAACGCAGUGGGGCCACUGCUGAUGGCCCAGGCCUUCCUUCCCCUGCUUAAGAAGGCUGCCCGGGAGAGCACGGACAAGGGACUGAGCUGCAGCAAGGCAGCCAUCGUCAACAUCUCCACCGUKAUGGGCUCCAUUGAGAGAACUGCUGAGUCCUUCUUCAAGCCCGUCAUCUCCUAUCGCUGCAGCAAGGCUGCCCUCAACAUGCUCACCAAGUGCCAGGCCCUGACCUAUGGGGAGACCGGAAUCCUCUGCGUGGCGCUUCACCCUGGCUGGGUGAAAACCGACAUGGGCACUCAGGAGGCUGACCUGACAGUGGACACGAGCGUGCGGGGGAUGCUCUCCAUACUGCCGAUCCUGUCUGAGAAGCACAGCGGAAGCCUGCUCAACUGGGAAGGCAAAGUUAUCCCAUGGUGAGAGGCAACACAGCACAACACUGCCCGUCCCCAUAGGAGGCCACGUCAUGACAGGAGACCCCAGGUGCACUGAAUCACCUGYUCACCCUUCUGACCUUCAAGAGAGCUGCCUGGGAUGGCCCCAGUCCGUGUGGCACAGUCUGUGAUCCCUAUGCCAGAGUUACUAAUAAACAUAAAGCAAGCACUAGU